GUUCACGCGGUUUUUUUUCGACCCCAUGAAAAAGGAUAAAUUAUAUUAGAAUUAAUUUUUAUUGACGAGCUGUAAAUAUUUUUAAUUAAAUACAAGUAGAUUUGCAAUGAUGUUACUAAUAAUAAGUGAGUGAAUAGGUUAAAUAUUUAAAUAAAUAAAGAGCAACAUAUUUAUGUAGAAGAAACAAUUUACAAAAAUGAGUGGAAAAUUUGCAUUUUUGGAAUCGAUGGACUUAUUGAAUUCAAUUCAUCACUACCACACUGUUUUAAUAGCAUUUGUUGCAUUUUGGUUUGCAUGGUUUUUUGCAAAAAAAAUAUAUCAAACGAAUCGUAAUUCUACUAAUAGUGAUGAAUUUAAUAGAAAAUUAGACCAAUGGAGACCAGAACCUUUAAUAACUGAUGUUCCAAAGGAUCAUCCAUCAUUGAACCCAAGGAAAAUAACAUCUAGAAUUGGUAAAAUAGUCACUAUUGAUGGCCAAGAAUGUUUAAAUUUAGGAACUCAUAAUUAUUUAGGAUUGAUUGAAAAUAAUGAAAUAGAAAAAAAAGCCAUUGAAACUAUAAAAAAAUAUGGAGUUGGAUCAUGUGGACCGCGAGGAUUUUAUGGAACAGUAGACGUACAUUUAGAGCUAGAAGAAAGAUUAGCAGAGUUCAUGCAAAUGGAAGAAGCAGUUGUUUAUUCUUAUGGGUUUAGUACAAUUGCAUCAGCUAUUCCAGCAUAUUGUAAAAGAAAAGAUUUAGUAUUUGUCGAUGAGAAAGUUAAUUUUUCUAUACAAAAAGGAUUAGAUGCAUCUAGGUCAAACAUAAAAUAUUUCAAACACAACGAUGUACAAGACUUAGAAAGAUUAAUCAAGGCACAGAAUGGAUUAAAUAAAAAGAAUUCUAAAAAUGUUGAAAUAACUAGAAAGUUUUUAAUUGUUGAGGGUAUUUACAUGAAUACUGGAACUAUAUGUCCUUUGCCAGAGCUGGUAGCAUUGGCAAGAAAAUAUAAGUUACGUAUCUUUGUUGAUGAGUCAAUAUCUUUUGGUACUCUUGGAAAUAGUGGGCAUGGUGUUACAGAGUAUUUCAAUAUCUGUCGUCAUGAAAUUGAUAUGAUAAUGGGUUCAUUGGAGUGGGCUGUUAGUUCUGUUGGUGGUUUUUGUGUAGGAUCAUCAUUUAUUAUUGAACAUCAAAGAUUAUCAGGCUUAGGUUACUGUUUUUCAGCUUCACUACCACCUUUAUUAACUUCAGCAGCUAUUACUUCUUUAGACAUCAUGGAAAACAAGCCAGAAUUGUUUAAAAAACUACAAGAAAACUGUCUUUUAUUUGAUAGAGGUGUAAAAAACAUAGAAGCUUUUGAAUGUCCCAGUGAUGCAGUGUCACCUGUGAAACAUCUAUAUUUGAGAAAUAUUUGCAAUAAAAGUGAAGAACAAAUUAUACUUGAAAAGAUUUCCAAUGAAUGUUUUGAAAAUAAAUUAGCUGUAAUUAUUCCAGCAUAUUUGCAUGCCGAACGAGAGUAUCCUCGACCAAGCUUGAGAAUAUGCAUUUCUGCUGUUUUAAAUGAAAGUGAAAUAAGAUUUGCAUUGCUAACUUUAGAGAAGUGUGUAAAAAAAUUUUUAAUUUAAAACUUUUCAUUUAAAAAUUGUUUUUAGAUUAUAUCAUUGCGAAAAUUAGGAAAAUAUUAAUUAUCAAAAUCAUAUGUUCAUUCUUGUCUGCAAAAAAUGUGAAAUAGUUAUU